AUGCGCCAUUUGCGACAGUUGCUAUUUGAGAAAUCUAAUAUUUAUAUGAAAUCUCAGGUUAGUUUCAAAAUGCAGACGCAUUCCGUAACAAGAUUUCGAGAUUGGCGAAUAAGCGGCAAUUUAAAUUCAGUUAGAAAUCAAGGAGAAGGAGAAUCCUGUUUUGCUUUUGCAUCAUGUGCGGCGGUCGAAUUUCUGUAUCACCGCCACCCAAAUUUUGAACAAAGGGUGUUGCUAUCACCUCAAGAUCUAUGGAACAAUUUAGUUGAUGUGAACCUUCUAAUGGGGGCUGAUGAUGAUGAUGAGGGUGGCUGUAGCAUUCCCUUGGCAUUAACAUGGAUAAGAGAUCAUGGCUGUGUAUUGGAAGAAGACUCUCCAUACUUGGGAGUACUUCAACAUCCUCUGCCUUUAAACGAGCGUCUGGUUAAAAUGAGAAUAGAAACUGUUGUUCCGGUACUAAGUAAGAAUAUGGAAUAUAAUGUAUUUCAUUAUGGACCUGUGAUUGUGAGCAUAGAUUGGAUUCCUGAAAUGGAACUCAUAUCCGGGGAUGAGAUAUAUCAGGGACCUCGUCAUGCCUCUGCAUUUGAUCCAACACUAGUAACACGCCAUGCUGUGCUUGUAAUAGGUUUUGGAGCUAGAAGAGUUGAAAAUGAGCUUGUCCGGUUCUGGUUAAUCCAGAAUUCUCACGGACCUGAAUGGGGGCAUAAUGGAUGCGCCAAGUUUACUCGAGCUAAAAUCCACAACCGUUAUCUUAUCAACGACGGUUGGAGACCUGCAGGCGUAACAAAUCUUGAUGCAAAUGGAAUUGAAUAUGAAGUGUGA